ACUAAAACGCUGACUACCAACCGCCGUUUCUUCGCCGCUGAAGAAAGUGUAUUGAAGUGGUAUCUUUUUCCAAAUAAUUAACAGAAAGACUGUAUUUUAUAAAACAAUGUCAACAGCGAUGAACUUUGGAAGCAAGACGUUCCGACCGCGUCCACCGGACAAAGGAGCGUUUCCCUUGGAUCACUUCGGUGAAUGUAAAUCAUUCAAAGAGGUAUAUAUGCAGUGCCUAAGAAACAAUCAUUUUGACAACUCGCGAUGUCGGAUAGAAUCAAAGGAGUAUCUGGAGUGCAGAAUGGACAGACAGUUAAUGACAAAGGAACCUCUUGAAAAACUUGGCUUUAAUGAUUUGACGGAGGAUCUGUCAGAAGAAAAUGAAGCCAGAUCCUGACAAAGUGCUCUUUUAGUUUAUCUGGCCAUGUGAUAUGAAUAGCGUGUAACGUUAUACUAUUAGCCAGAGCCCAUGCUUGGUGCUCGGAUUGAUACUUUACAUAUUUGAAGUUGUUGUAGAAUCCAUUAAAAGGUAAUUAUUUGAAAUCCAGUCUUCUUGGACAGUAAUGUUAUGAACAGAGUUGAACUUCAAAAUAAUGUCUGUGUAUAUAUAUAUAUAUAUAUAUAUAUAUAUAUAUAUAUAUAUAUAUAUAUAUAUAUAUAUAUAUAUAUAUAUAAUUAUAUAUAUAAAUUAAAACUUUAAAUUUGAAAUGAUUUGUUAUACAUUUCAUUUGGCUCUCAUUUCAUUGCAAUCUCACCAAAUAACUGAUCUCACAAACCAGCUUAAAUGUGCAUAUAUCAGCAAACAUUCUGUGAAUUAGUUUCUGAGGAAGGUUUGUCUUCUAAAGUUGGUUAGAUUUCUAAGAAAAGAAAAUGGAAUGUUCUCCUAAUCUCUAGAUUAUUAUCUCUUUACAUUAGGGCUGCAAUAUAUAGUUUUGGCAUUAAUAUCGCAACAAGGCUUUCUGCAAUAGUCACAUCGCAGGAUAUGCAAUGUUGAGUUGUAAUUAUAGUCGAUUAACAAUUGACUAUACAUGAGAUUUGCAGCGUAUUACCAUAACAGAGUGAAACUUUAUCAUAUGCAUGUGUUUUAAAUGGCACUUCAAGAAAGUUUAAAGCAGUUGGCCACAAUAAGAUUAAACAUUUGUAACUUUAAUGAAGAAAUAUUUACUGAUUUAAUUAUACAAUUAACUAUAGUGUUAUUUUACAUUACUAAAUUUAAAUUCGGUUUAACCCUGGAAAACCAUAAAGAACGGUUUAUUUACUUUUUUCCUUUGCACGUAAUUAUUCUUGCUUUUAUUAUUUUAAUACAUGAUUCUUACAAAUCAUACCCUUGCAAAAUCAACCCAACCAAUCUAAAUGAAUGAUUUUUCACAAGUAGAGCUAUUCAUGCCAUCUGGCAAAAUAGUUUUUCAUAUCGCAAUCUAUAUUGCAGCAAAACAAAAUAUUGCAAUAUCAGAUUUUUCUAAUAUUGUGCAGCCCUAUUGUACACAAAUAAUCACUUCUACGUUGUUUGUUAUUAAUAAAAACAAAUCACAAAUUUGCAAUUGCUGAAUAUAUAAAUAAAACAGUUGUCCAACAAA